GAUGUUGACUAAGCGAGGCCUGUCAUGGUUGAAGCAAAUUAAAGAGUCACAUGGUUCUGUUGCUCUCACAACUAUGGUUCAAGUUGAAGCAAUCAAUUCCUCUGGUAUUUACUACAUUGCAGAUAGUGAAAAAACUAAAGAAAAUAAACAUGUAGACAAUGGCGUUAAAUUGUGCCUUGAGAAUUUAGUAUCCCUAGUUGUUCCCAAAGACCAAAUUAAGAAUAGAGACGAAAAGAUUUAUAGCUUGGAAGAAGUAAAGGAUGUUCAAAGUAAAUUGAUGUUGAUUGCUGGGAAAGCAGAAAAUGGAAAGGAGGAGGUUGACCGGUUUAACCAGGUUUGUAUUAUACAGAUGAUUGCGAAAAAUAUAGAAGUUAAAAAACAGGGUGUAUACUGUAUCUUUGUUGAUUACAGUGAGCUUCGAAAAUUCAAUCUAAGAGAUAAUUUUGGUUUAGUAGAACCAAUAAUAUGGCUGUUUAAAAUGGCAUCUGAUUCACCAAAUUAACAAUUAAGAUUAUGCACCAGUUGUGCUAAAUAUUAAAACGUUUGAGAGCCUUUUAUACUUUAAACAGCCAUAACAUUGAUUUUGCUAGACAAAUUGUAAUAAUCAUCAAAAUUUAUCUCUUGUAUAUAACUUUCGAUGUCUACUAAUAAGAUCUUUAAAAAUCGCCAUGUAGUCUGUGUGUUGUGACCUCCAAAAGUGCCUAGAAAACGAUUUUCAUUGAGCAUGACUUGGAUCUGAAAUAUUUUUACGGGAACUAACAUUUUCGAACACGCUGAGUUGAAAUCCGAAAAGUACCCGCUCCGUAGACCCGCAGUUUUCUCACAAACUGCUAUUUUAUCUUCAUUAAUUUCACGGCAAGUUUUUUCAUUGUUCAACGACACGGAUCAAUGAGGAUACACGAUUAUGUCACUCAAAAGGACCAAUUUCUAUUAACAAAUCUUCCUUUUUACAAAAGACCGGUUUUGCUCAAUCAUUUGGAGUUAUUUAAUCUUAUGCAUGCGUGUUGGAAGUAAACAACAUAUCUUUUCUACAACUUUGAAAAAGUACGGAUAACUUUUUCCAAAAUCCUUAGUUUUCAAAAUUACAAGGACGUUAAUGUUGAGUCUUUGGGCUAUGUAUGUCUCUGGGGCUGAGAAAUAAUUCCUUACAUGCGAUCGAAAUGUUUUAUACAAACGGUAAUCUUAUGUACUGGAUCAGCAUUUGAAUUUCUAACACAGUUUAUGACACAGUUUACGUCUUUUACCAGCAAAUAACCCAUCGACAAUAUUUCAUUUUAGUGUUGUCUUUGCCGUUUCGUUGGCUUCGCGUUACUUUUGUUUUAAAUACCUUGAUCGCGUUGAAAGAGUUAUUUUUCAGGCCAGUGAUUUCCUUGUGAUUUUAUAGAGAUAUCUCUAGAACUGAGAAUUUUAGAAAACGUUAUCUGUAUCUUCUCAAAGUUGUAGACAAGAUAUGUUGUUUACGUCCAACACGCAUAAGAUUACAUAACUCAAAAUGAUUCCAGUAAAACGGUUUUUUGUUAAAAGGAAGACUGAUUAACAGAAAUUGGUCCUUUCGAUGGAGUGACAUAAUCGUGUGUCGUCAUCGAUUCGUGUCGUUGAACAAUUAAAAAAUUUGUCGUGAAAUCAGUUAAGAUAAAAUAGCAGUUUGUGAGAAAACUGCGGGUCUACGGAGCGGCAACUUUUCGGAUUUGCACUCAGCGUGCUUUAAAGUGUUAGUUCCCGUAAAAUAUUUCAGAUCCAAUACAUGCUAAAUGAAAGUGGACGAUAACGGGACACAGCGGCCAUGGAACACAUAAAACUUGCAUAAAACUGCAUUAAACUGUUUAUGAGUCCUGAAUUUCUUAGCUUUCUCGAGCUCUUGGCUGUUCUUGUUGCUAUUAUAACAAUUACAAUGUUUUAUUAUGGCCGAUGUUUUAUAGUUCCAUGUCAUUAACUCUAAAAACGUUGGUUUUCCCACUUAAAAGUAAACUUGCACAGAGAAUUUAAAUUGGCUAAAAAAAUAACCGAAUUUAUUAAAUGGAAACUGGAGUUUGCCAAUGUUUCUUAAAUUAGCUAGCUUGAAGUCGAACGAUUGCAUAGAUUAUAUCCUCAUUGUUUCCAUCAACAUUUUCCACAUUUUUGUAACGUUAAUGUAAAAAUAAUGUUUCAUUCGAAUUAUCUGAAUAGCAAUUAUGCACCCUAAAAAAGUUUAUUCAAAAAUGGUCAACUUUUUAUUGCUGAAAGGAACAUGAAGCAAAUCAUGAGUAAUUAUGACCAUUUAACUGUAAUGGUACAAAUCGAUCAUUCUGAUGUUUGUAAUAUUUCAGGUUUUUGAAGGAAUACUCAGAGUAAGUCAGUUAUACUUGCAACUUUGUGAAGUUGGUGAAAUCAACUACCUAACAUGGAAAACAAAAUUUCAAUGCAGUAAAAAUGAAAGCUAUAGAGAAGAGUUGUUAAAGAACAUUGAUGAAACCUGUGAAACAAUGGAAAACGAGUUGAAGCAAUGGAAGAAAAACAUAAAUGGUAAAAGACGCAAGUGCUAUUCCUUGAACCAUUUUACAAUGAAACAGAUUUUGAAAUUGAGAAAAGACUUAGCAAAAGCUUGCAAUGGCCAGGUGGCGAUCGACAAACUACCAUUACAGACGUUUAUGCUCCUAGAAGCUGUUAACAAGACUAUUGAUCCUCGGCUUCUUGCAGAUGUUUUAACAACAACGAUACCUGAGAACUUGAUAUUUUUGACAGAGGAAGGGUUUAAAGAUGAACAAAAAUAUUUUGCAAGCAACACAGAAGGAAAGAAAAUUCUGAUAGAAAAUGUCGAAGAGGAAAUGGAUGUGAUAGAGCCAAUCGUGCGAAGACGGAAGAAUGCUCUUGAAACAUUUACUAGUGCAAAAGAGACUCUUGAGGGCAUGUCCAUGAAUUAUACUGAAGAAUAUUUACUAGCUGCUUUACAACAUUGCGGUCGGCGUGCAACAGAAGACGAGCUUGUUGCCUGGGUUGCCUCUGAUGAUUAUAAUGAAGAAACUGUUACGAUGUUGUGUGAAAGAGCUAAGAAAGACCCACACUUAUCAGAUCUAGUUACAUAUGUGUUUGGUCCAGAAUGCCAGGCUGUAAAUGACGAGGAAACAUUUUUGAGUAAUACGACUACAAAUGAAAGGUAAA